AUGCUUUCUAGAACAGCCAGGCUCGCUCACCGCAGGCUUCUGAGCUCAGCGGUGCCUAUAGAAACCACGAGGCUCCCCAACGGCCUUAGGGUCGUCACGGAUUCCACACCGGGCCAUUUUUCAGCUCUAGGAGCUUACAUAGACGCUGGACUGAGGUACGAGACAGACGCCACCUCGGGCCAUUCCCACCUAAUGGACCGCUUGGCGUUCAAAAGCACAUCGCAAAGAAGCGGAAUCCAGAUGAUGGACGACUUGGCUCGGUUGGGUGGCAACUUCAUGGCUGGUGCUCAGAGAGAGUCCAUCAUGUACCAGUCGCUGGUGUUCAACAAGGACGUUAACAAGAUGUUUGAUUGCAUUGCAGAGACCAUCAGAGAGCCCCAGCUCACGGAAUCGGAAAUCGCCGAAGCCGGCGACACCGUUGCCUACGAACUCAGCGAACUCAUCCACAAGCACGAUUUGUUUCUUCCCGAGGUUUUGCAUGCUGCCGCUUAUCCAGACAACACAUUGGGCAGACCACUUCACGGACUGCCGGAAUCUUUGGAAAAUUUGACUCCUGAAGGCAUUGUCGGCUUCCACAAGCAGUUUUACACUCCAGAGAACACUGUCAUUGCUUUAGUGGGCGUCGAUCACCAGAAAGCCUUGGAUAUGGUUCAGCUGCGUUUGGGUGACUGGAAGAACCUGGGUAUCCCUAUCGCUCACGAGCCAGCCGUCUACAAAGGCGGCGAGGUUGCCUUGCCUUACCAGGAGCCGCUCUACAGUAACUUGCCCAAGCUCGUCCACAUGCAAAUAGCAUUUGAGACCUCUGGCUUGCUUAGCGAGGACUUGUAUGCUCUAGCGACGCUCCAGAAACUCCUCGGCGGAGGUUCUUCCUUCUCCGCUGGUGGUCCCGGUAAAGGCAUGUUCCUGAGACUUUUCAGAGUGCUCAACCAGUACCCAUUUGUGGAGAACUGCCUGUGCUUCAACCACGCCUACACAGACCUGGGCCUUUUUGGCAUUACGAUUUCUUGCUACGUUGGUCACGGCGAGUAUAUGGCGCAAGUUGCUGCUCAUGAGUUUGCUAAAGUGCUUGAGACCGAUAUUGCCAAGGGCGGCAUCACCAGCCAGGAAUUCCGCAGAGCCAAGAACCAGCUUAUAUCGUCGCUUAUGAUGAACGUUGAGAGUAAAUUGGCAGCUUUGGAGGAUAUUGGCCGCCAGGUUCAAUGCCAGGGCAAGGUCACCUCUGUGGAUGAAAUGGUGCAAAAGAUCGAAGCUCUCACGAUAAGCGAUGUGCGUAAUGUGGCUCAGAAGGUGUUCUCUGGAAAUGGCAACGGCCAGAAACAGAGCCCUCCUUCGGUGGCCAUCCAGGGAGACAGAGCAGAGAUUGGCGACGUCGAGUUCGUCUUGCGCUACUUUGGUCUAGGCUCCUGGAGCACUCCCGCUCCAUCCGAACCUCGCGACUACAGCAAACACAAAGAGUCUUCUUUGAGGAAGUGGUUCUCUUGA